CACCGCCACCAGGAAGCCGGCCUAGACCUCCAGCAGGGCCCACGCCUCCGCUGUGCGCCCCAAAGGCCCGGCGCUUCCUCAGGCACCAGCUGGAGGAGAAGGGUCCGUCUGUCCGUCUGUCUUCCAGGCUGGCCUGGGGGCUCCGCCAGCACGGGCACCUGGCUCUCUCCUCGGCCUCCCGAAGCACCAAGCUCGGCGCAGCCUGCCAGGACCGCAGGCGACAGACGGUCUCUGGCUUCCCCGGGCGCCAGCCCAGCUCGGGUUACACCCUAGGCUGGGGCUCCACAGGCGCGCGGCGAGCCGGACCCUCGGUGGGCUCUGGCUAGCGGGGUCUGGCACCACCUCCGAGCUGGUGGAGCGGGCAGAACACCGCGCCAGGUUGGUCCAGGGGUCUCGGCUGGGGGAGGGGGGUACCUCCCCCCACUGCCUUACGCCAACCCGCCCGCAGGGGUCAGGGACACGCGCCCGCGGAGAGGUGAGGCAGCAGGGUGACCCUCCCGAGUCAGCCACCUCUAAGCUGCACCAGGCGGCCGGGGAGCCGUGGGGUCCCGGGCUGGAGGUCAGGCUGGGCUCCGAUGCGAGAGUUUGCAGUCCCUGCCGGCGGGAAGCCGGGAGGGGUAGUGCGAACCUCUGUCCCCGCCCCGGGGGCGGAGCCUAGGUCCGAGCCCGCGGAGCGUGAGACCGGCCCCAAUCCGCCCGGGGCUCCCUCCCUCGUUCCCGCCAACGCCUCCUCUUCCUGGGAGACCCGACCCCCCUCCCUCUGCCCACCGCCGGCAAGACCCAGCCUCCGGGGUCCUCCCGCCCUCGGGCCGCGGCGCAGGUGCAGGUGCGGCACUCCACCUCCUCCCACCGGGGCGCAUCCCGCUGGGCGGCCAUGGCGCGAGGAGAUGUACCGCAGGACAGCUACCACCUGGUCGGGAUCAGCUUCUUCAUCCUGGGCCUGGGCACUCUCCUUCCCUGGAACUUCUUCAUCACUGCCAUCCCGUACUUCCAGGGGCGGCUAGCAGGGGCCAACAGCACCACUGGGACCCUGGGCGCCAACCACACGGGCCCCGCAGAUGCCUUCAACUUCAACAACUGGGUGACUCUGCUGUCCCAGCUGCCGCUGCUGCUCUUCACACUCCUCAACUCCUUCCUGUAUCAGUGCAUCCCUGAGACAGUUCGGAUUCUGGGCAGCCUGCUGGUCAUCCUGCUGCUCUUUACCCUGACGGCGGCGUUGGUCAAGGUGGACAUGAGCCCUGGGCCCUUCUUCUCCAUCACCAUGGCCUCCGUCUGGUUCAUCAACUCCUUCUCUGCAGUUCUGCAGGGCAGCCUCUUCGGGCAGCUGGGCACUAUGCCUUCCACCUACAGCACCCUCUUCCUCAGCGGCCAGGGCCUGGCUGGGAUCUUCGCUGCCCUUGCCAUGCUCAUGUCCAUGGCCAGUGGCGUGGAUGCCCAGACCUCCGCCCUGGGGUACUUCAUCACGCCCUGCGUGGGCGUCCUCGUGUCCAUCGUGUGUUACCUGAGCCUGCCCAACCUGGAGUUUGCCCGCUAUUACCUGGCCAAGAAACCACUGCAGGCUCAGGGGCAGGAGAUGGAGACCAAAGCUGAGCUCCUCCAGUCUGAUGAGAAGAAUGGAAUUCCCAACAGCCCCCAGAAGGCAGCACUGACUCUGGAUCUUGACUCUGAGAAGGAGCCAGAGCUGGAGCCAGAGGAGCCUCAGAAACCAGGAAAACCUUCAGUUUUUGUUGUCUUCCGAAAGAUCUGGCUGACGGCGAUGUGCCUUGUGUUGGUCUUCACAGUCACCCUGUCCGUCUUCCCUGCCAUCACAGCCAUGGUGACCAGCUCCACCAGUCCUGGGAAGUGGAGUCAGUUCUUCAACCCCAUCUGCUGCUUCCUUCUCUUCAACGUCAUGGACUGGCUGGGACGGAGCCUGACCUCCUACUUCCUGUGGCCGAACAAGGACAGCCGGCUGCUGCCCCUGCUGGUCUGCCUGCGCAUCCUGUUCGUGCCGCUCUUCAUGCUGUGCCACGUGCCCGAGAGGUCCCGGCUGCCCAUCCUCUUCCCACAGGACGCCUACUUCAUCACGUUCAUGCUGCUCUUUGCCGUUUCCAACGGUUACCUGAUGUCCCUCACCAUGUGCCUGGCACCCAGGCAGGUGCUGCCGCAUGAGAAGGAGGUGGCCGGCACCCUCAUGACCUUCUUCCUGGCCCUGGGGCUCUCCUGUGGGGCCGCCCUCUCCUUCCUCUUCAAGGCGCUGCUCUGAAGUGCUCCGUCCACCGCUCUCGCAGCAGCUCUCUUCUCGCUGCCCCUUUGGAGCUGAGACCCGGCGCAGGGGGCAAGGCAAGCCGGGCUCAAGCCUCUGCUGGGCUGAGGCCCCUUGGUCUGGGGGUGCCAGCAGGAGGCGGGCACUGCUCUCCCUCCCAGGCUGGCAGCCACUUGGGGUGCUGCAAGGAAGAAUUCACCACUGGUCAUUCCAACCCUCACCCAGGAAUGGAGCUGACACAGAGACAGACUGUCUGGACGUGCAUAAGACCUCACUGAAAGGGUGCUGAUCAAGGAAAAGAGGGCCGAGGGCCAUGGCCCUUCCCCACCAUCAGGAGUGCGUUUGUUAUCACAAGAAACCCUCUUGCUAAUCGCCAGGUAUCAGAGGCCACCAGCAGAGCCUUGCCGAGGGUGUGGCCGGUAUGGCCCCAGCCUCAGGUUCAGAGCAGGAGCUCCUCUUCUCCCCAGGCCUCAGCGAUCCCACGGUCAAGUCUCUCGGACCCCAGGACAGAGGAUGCCAGGGAAGUUGAGGGAGCAUGGGGAAGGAACAGGUGUUAGGGAUUUGAGAGUGCUCAAAGGACCCUCUGGGCCUCAGACAGUGUUUUCCUUGCCAGCACUUACUAUCUCCACUCCCCAGAGCCCAGCUGGGCCUGGGUCCCAGAACUGCAGUUGGCCUGCGUGCACGCACUGCGCUUUACAGUUUGCAAAGCUCUUCUCUCACUGAAGCUGCACUGAGGCCCUUGGAGGGAGCCAGGCAGGGACUGUGCUCCCCCUUUGUAGAGGCGAGGAAACCGAGUCCCAGGGGGAAGUGACGGUCCGUGGCAGAGCCGGGACCCAGCCCCCAGCUCCCUCCUCCCUGUAGGUGCUGUUCGUCCUGCCCGCCACCUGCUUCUCUUUUCCUCAAAGGGCUCAAGGCAGGAGCCCUAAGCACUUACUCCACCUUUUUGCUGUUUCUCCCUCUGACCCUGCUCCCGGGUCUAAUAACCACCCUCUUUAUUUGUAUAAUGAAUUCACUGAGUCUUUAUUUCCAAAGUGCUUUCAGCUCUGUUGGCUUUGAUGAGCUGCGUGGGGUGGGGAUGACUGUACCCAUUUGACGGAUGAGAUGACUGAAGCCCUGAGAGGGGCAGGGAUUUGUGGGCAUCCCUGUGCUGGGCCCUCUCCACCACAUCAUGGCCAAGGGGUACCUGCCUGCAAGGAGCCCUGUGCUCCUGGGAGGAGCACCUGGCUGCAUGGACGACUGUCGCUCUCCCCUCCACCGGUGUCCUCUGCCUCCCCGGCUCCCCCCUCUCAGAAAUGGAGCCUCAGAGAGGCAGUCAGCCAGUUCUCCGGAGGGGUGGAGGAAAGGCCUGCUUCCCCACACACCUGUACUUCCUGCACAGCCCAGAGACGAGCGAUUUUGCCAUUAUAGGCUCUGGCCUUUCUGCCCGCUUGCUCUCCUGCCUCCUGUGAACAUUCACUGAACAGCUGUUAUAUACCAGGCCCUGGGCCAGCACAGGGCCCCUUAUCAGAAGCCAGAGGCUGUUUUGCUGUCAAAGAGGAAAGUGAGGCAAGAUAAGACCUUGCGAGCUGAAAUAAAGCCACAGGGCAGACCCCAACUGAGGA